AUGAGCAGUGUUCUGGCAUGGCACUGGUUGUAUGAAUGGGAUCAGUUCAAUUGUUCGUUGUUAGAAACUGUGGCGUGUGGACAAUGCUCAAUGAUGAAGUGUGACCUGUGGACAUUCUCCAAAUGCACUUGUGGCUUGUUCCCAGAAGAUCCUUCUUUUGGAAGGUGCCAUCCAAUGGACAUUAUAUGUUCGGUUGGGAAGAAAAUAAAGAUGGUAAGGCUCGAACUCAGGUUGUUCACCCAGGAAGGACAUCCAGUUCCAACUGGGACUGGGACCAGCUAUAUGCCUAGGCGGAGUGUGUGCAGUGAUGGAGGAGCUAUUGCUUUCAAGGUGUUAUAG